AUGUAUCCUCUCCUUGCCGGAUCAGCUCUUGCUGGAUCUCUUGCAGACAUUGAACAUGUCGUCUUGUUCAUGCAAGAAAACAGAGCCUUCGACCAUUACUUUGGGACAAUGGCAGGCGUUCGUGGAUUCUCUGACCCAAACGUCCAAGUCAAUUCCGAUGGAAAGCCGGUUUGGGAACAAGCUGUUGACUCGGCUCUCACCAAUGACACUUCAUACCUAGCGCCCUGGUAUCUAAACUAUCAAGGUGGGAGUUUCCUGGAUGCCACCCAGUGUAUGGUUGCAGGGGACAAUGGAUGGAAUGACAACCAUGCAGCUCUGAAUGGUGGCUUGAACAAUCACUGGGCUACGAAUAAUACUCCUUGGUCAUGGGGACAUUAUCAAAGGAGUGAUAUUCCCGUACAAUACGCUAUUGCAGAUGGCUGGACUGUUGGAGAUAUGUACCAGGAAUCAGUUAUCGCUAGCACAAAUCCAAACAGAGUGACUUGGGCUUCCGGCUCCAUUAACGUACCAGGCUCGCCACAGACUAAGUCCGAGGGUGGUUAUCCAUACAUUGACAACAACGAGACGCCUGGGUGUGAAGCUGAUGGAUUCAACUGCUAUCCUUUGACUUGGAAGACGACUGCUGAGAUUUAUCAAGACCAGGGAGUAUCUUGGUCUAUCUUUCAAGAUGCGGACAACUUUGAUGACAAUCCACUUGCCUGGUUCGGACAAUUCCAAGACGCCCUUACUGGGUCAGCUCUCUCCAACAAAGGUAUGGUCGGGCAAUCACUUGAUACUUUCUAUGCUAUGGCUAGCAACAGAUCGCUCCCAGCUAUCUCCUACAUCAUCGGCCCAACCGAGUUGUCAGAGCAUCCUCCCUACGCACCACGUGAUGGUGCAUGGCUCCAGAAGAAGAUCGUCGAUGCCGUGACCCAAGGAGCAGCAUGGUCGAAGACAGCUCUCAUCAUCUCCUACGACGAGACGGGAGGAUGGGGCGAUCAUGUUAUCCCCUACCACUCUCCAAAUGGCACGCAAGGAGAGUGGCUCGAGGAUCCCUACGGAAAAGUGGGCUACACGUAUUCAGGUCCCGGUUUCCGUCUCCCAUUCUACAUCGUGUCUCCUUGGACUCGUGGUGGAAAGGUUUUCACGGAACACGCGGACCACAACUCUCAAAUCAUGUUCGUCGAGGAAUGGUUGCAAGCAAAGGGAAAGGACGUCGUCACGAGCCAGAUGGUACCUUGGAGACGAGCACAUAUGUCAUCUCUCGUGAAUGCUUUCGAUUUCGAGAAUCCAGAUACCUCGUUGCCCAGCCUGCCCGAAGCACCAGCACCACACACUAAUGCGCAGGGUGUCUACGAUGGAAGCAGUUAUUGCGAGUCCCUUUACUCAGCCACUCGUCCAACAGUCCCUUACACUAGCCAAAUAUCACCGGAUGAUGUCUCAAGCUUGUCCGAACAAGGAUUCAAAGAAAUGAGGGGAACCUUGACUGAAGGCAGAUAUAUCGUCUUCGAGAUGGCUGGCUACGCGCUCACCAAUGCUGGCGAGCCUGCUACCGACUUCACUGCUACCGAAGCGACAUCCACGCACAGCGAUAUUACCCAGAGAUGGGUUGUGCACAGCUUGGUUGAUGGUGGUGAUACUUUUACUAUCAGUUCAGCCAAGGAUGGUCGCUAUAUCGGAUCGCACACUGGUCUGAUUGAUAACUCGAGUGGCGCUGAGAGUUACACAGUCAGCUUUGUGGCGAGCAAGGGGUAUGCAUUGCAGAAACAGAACGGAAAGUAUCUGAGUGUUGAUGGUAGUGGAAACCUGCAGAUCUAUAGCGAUGUCAGCUAUUUUGAUGCGUACUCUGUCACUUACUCCAGCUAA